UGAAAACUACACAUUCCAAUUAUAUACUCUUUCCAAAUUAAACGAGUGAAGAGAUAUAUAUGUUUCUCUACUACUUUUUUCCCCGCGGAAAAGAUAAGAACUUUGACAAAAAUAAAAGAUAGGAACAAAACAGUCUAAUUUUUAAUUCUUAUAGCAAAGACUAGAUUAAGAAAAGAGUUGACCAAGAUUGACUCUAUAUAAAGAUGGUUUUGGUCAUUGGUGUCAAUAUCCAAAUAUCAAUCACAAAAUGGAAAAUCUCUCUAGUUUGCUCAUGAUAGCUCUUCUCCUUUGCGCCGCCACGCUAACGUGCACCACUCGCCCUGAACCGGCCGAUUUCGCCUCCUUCACAAUCUCUCCGGCCGACAUACUUAGUCUGGAAAUGAUAGAAUCAAAACUUCAUGAAGUGGCCGGAGAGAGCUGCGAGAAAGACGACGACGAAGAUUGCUUGACGAGAAGAACAUUGACGGCUCAUCUUGAUUAUAUCUAUACACAGAGGAAUAAUAAUACAUAGAUUUAAUAAUCCAACUGUCGUCAUUCGUCCAUUUCAAAUCAUUUAUAUGUGUGUAUAUAUAUACAGAAUCAAUUAAUUCAAUUGUUUUUAAUAAGGAUAUUUUUUUAUUCCCUUAUGUUAUAUAGGUAGAUUGUAUGUGAAAUCUAAUUCGUUUUAUA